UAAGUAUUAAGUCAUCUCUAGUUUUCUUAAUAAUACUAGUAUUAAAGCGAUUUUUCUCUUACAGUGUAAUGGACCAACACAAGUUAUCUAAGGAGCAAUGGGAAGAAAGAAUUAUGAAUUGGUGGGCUGAGCACAAAGGAAUGCCUCGGGAAGAUGCAAUGAUGGAGUAUUUGAAAAUAGCCCAAGAUCUUGAAAUGUAUGGUGUGAAUUAUUUUGAGAUAAAAAACAAAAAAGGAACAGAUCUGUGGUUAGGUGUUGAUGCACUAGGUUUAAAUAUUUAUGAAAAAGAUGACAAGUAAGUUAGUUUCUUGAUCAAAGAAAAUGCUUCU